AUGGGGACCAUACAACAGCAAAUUCCAUCUUUGAAAGCCAAGCUCAUCGGAGAGCUCUCUGAUGAUUCAGAGCUGGCACUCUUCCGCGGCAUCCCAUAUGCAUCUGUAAACAAGCGCUGGACUCACAGCACGACCACGCAUACGCUGGAUUCACCUUUUGAUGCUACCAAAUUUGGACCUCGCUGUGUCCAGAAUACUGGUCAUGUCCUGGUUAGUGGAGGAACGACUGAUCCGACACCUGGAGACGAUGAAUUCAAGUGCCUUAAUUUGAACGUCUGUGUUCCCAAAGAAUCCCUUCCUGAUCCCAAUGGAAACUCUCCAAACGGAUCUUUGUUGCCUGUUCUGGUUUGGAUACAUGGUGGGGCCUUUGCCUAUGGAGCAAAUUCGGUAUCUCGAUAUCGUCCUCAUGUGAUUUCCAAAUUAGCUAAAGAAUCGAGGACUCCUUUUGUGUUGGUUCAGAUCCAAUACCGACUUGGUCAUUUUGGUUUCGCUGUUUCUCAGGACCUCGCUUCUGAAAAUCCUGACAUUCUGGGCAAUUACGGCCUCGUCGAUCAGCGUAACGCCCUUGAAUGGGUACAGGCUCACAUUGCUGGCUUUGGCGGUGACCCAUCAAAUGUUACUGUGUUCGGCGUGAGCGCUGGAAGUUACAGCUGCGCGUAUCAUAUCCUUGGCGGUGAUCCAUUGUUUGACAGGGCGUUUCUCAUGUCUGGAUCUGGCAUGGCAUUGGGAGCUACUACGCUUGAGGAUCUCGACAAGCCUUGGCAGAAUGUAUGUAAGGCUUUUGAUUUUCAGGACGAAGCACCUGCAGUGAGACUACAUAAGAUGCGCGACCUGAGCGUAGCCGACAUACUCAAAACUUACAAAGGCUCUGCAUCUCCGUUCGGAGACGGAAAGAUCUUACCAACGAAGUGGAAUAGGGAAAUGGUUCAUCCUUCUACGCGGUGCAAAUCAAUUGUUAUGGGAGACACGAAUAAUGAAGCACUCAUCAUGGACAAGCUGAUCGAGAACAUUUCGCCAGAGGCGUUCCAGGAGCGUGUCUAUUCUUCAUUCCCCGAGGAGGUUGCAACGAAUAUCUUCAGAUCCUUUGGAUUUAAGGAAGAUGAAACGGACUUCGAAAAGUACCGUUCGGCAAUGCACCAUUUCCUUUCUGUCACAUUCUUCCAGUUUCCAAACAUUCUCCUCGCAGAAUCAUUCAGCCAAGUUGGUAAAGCGUAUUACUAUCAUUUCGAAGUACCAUCACCAUACGAAGGACCCACUUUUGGAUGUUCAUACCACGGGUUUUGUGCUCUCACCCUUCACCUGACCGAAAUCGACCUUUACCCCGAAGCCGACCAGAAUGUCGCAAAAGACAUGGCAAGAGCGUUGGCAGCAUUCACGUGGGGAAAAGAGCCGUGGGAGGAGUAUAGGGACAAAAGAUUCAUGCGCUUUGGACCAGGCAAGACAGAAAUGAUGGACGAAAAGGAUGAUGAGACAAGAGACUAUAAGUACUCUCAGCUUAUCAGGGAUAAAUUUGAGGAUAUCCAGACGUUCACUCAAAACUUGAUGCAUGAACAGACGGCUUCUGUGGCACUAUUUGAAAAAAAGACUUGGGAUGCCAAGAAGGUAUAG